AACUAUUGGAUGCUAAGUAGCCAUAUGACAGACAUAUUCUCAACGAGGAAGACGUUAACAACUCUUUGAUCAUGAUCCAACCUACUCUAAUGUCUUAUACAUUUGAUGCCGAGCCUCAGCCUGUCUUGCUGGACAGCGUCUCUAUUAAACCUAAUGUCAUCCUUCUUCUCAAUACCUUCUUCCAUAUUCUUAUUUUCCACGGUGAAACGGUCGCUCAAUGGAGGAAGGCAGGUUACCAAGACCAGGAUGGGUACGCGAACUUCAAAGAGCUGUUGGAGAACCCUAUUACAGAUGCUCAGGUGCGACUAUUAGGCUGUGCUUCUGACUCACUUUAACGGCCGUACAUCCAGGACUUGCUCGUCGACCGCUUCCCUAUACCACGAUACACCGUCUGCGACCAGAGUGGCAGUCAAGCUCGAUUCCCGCCAUCCAAGCUCAAUCCUUCGACAACUCAUGUCGAUAUCGAUGUAUGGCACUGCACAAGCCGCAGGC